AUCACGCUACCGGUGGCGACGCCCGGCUUUCCCCCCACGUCGCACUGCCAAGGAAAUCGUCUCAGGUUUUUUUUUCUUUCCUUUUUCCUUUCCCUCUCCCCCUCUGUCAUGGGGCGGAAUAGUGUGUUUGAAAUGUAUAGAAGCGGGUGACGUCGUGUGUGUGAGUGUGUGUGUGGGCGUGGAAGAAAAAUGUCAACGUGCGAGAGAGGAGAAGCCCGGAGCUGAAUCCGGUCGGAGCCCCUGCCCGUGAUUAGUGCAUAUUAGCGGAGGGGAUACAACUUGAGCCGCCGCGUUAACUGUAGGAAGGGUGGACUGUGGGGCGAAAUAAAGUUUGUAGAUGCGCCCUGGCUUUGCGGACAGCUCGGCAUCUCCAAAUGCAUGAGGUGCUCCACCGAAGCCCAGCCUCCCUCCCCUUGCCUGGAUGUGAAACAAAUUAAGCAGCAACAUUUCAGCGUCUGUCGGCUCUUCACCGCUGGACCUCCGAUUAAAGACAUUUGAGCGCCUUCCAGCCAUGAUGUAGAAGUGACAACGAUGAUGAUGAUGAUGAUGAUGAUGUGCAGGAUCAGCCGUGCAGGGAGGAAGAGCAGCAUCUGACUCUCCUCCAUUUACCUAGACCCGCCACUCUAUGUCUGUCCGGAGUGGGCAGCCCGAGUGCUAUGUCAUCGACCACGCCUCCCUCGGCCCCACCCCUUAAAAAGGGAAGGAAGCCAGAAAAAUCAGAGGCGAUGGCCGACUCAGUGCAAGCUACCAACGAGGAGCUUAGAAGCAAACUGAUGGACAUCCAGAUAGAGCUGCAGCAGGAGAGGGGCAAGGUGUGUAAGCUUCGCGAGCGGCUCCAGGAGCAGCGGCAGGCCCGAGAGCUCGAGCAGCACAAGCAUGCCGUGGCACUCACCGACCUGCGUGCCAAACUCCAUGAGGAGAAGCUACGUGAGUUAGCUGCCGCCCGUGAGGCCUUAGCACGGCAGCACGAAGCCGAGCUGGCCCGAGCCAUCAAGAUCCGGGAUGGAGAGGUGCAGAGGCUCCAGGGGCUGGUGAACGCGCUGCGGGACGGGGCGGCCGACAAGCUCAAGAAUGCCCUUCUGGGAGAGGCCCGGGAAGAGGCCAGGAGGGCCUUCGAUGGAGAGAGGCUAAAGCUACAGCAGGAGGUCCAGGAGCAGAAGACAGCCAGGAAGCAGGCCGAGGAGGCGCUGGCCAACGCACUACAAGCAGACAAGGCCAAAGCAGCCGAUCUCCGCUCCGCCUACCAGCAGCACCAGGAUGAGGUGCAUCGCAUCAAACGGGACUGUGAGAAAGACAUCCGUCGACUGAUGGAUGAGUUGAAGGCGAAGGACCGGGUGGUGUGUGCCCUGGAGAGGGAGCUGGGUGCGCAGGCGGGCUAUGCCCAGAAGCUCCAGCUCCAGAAGGAAGCCCUGGAUGAGCAGCUGGGCCAGGUACGAGAGGCUGAGAGGCACAACCAUGGCAGCCCCAAGAGAGAGAUGGUGCCUGGGCUAGGAGACACUCCCGACCUGCUCAACAACCAGGAGGUUGAGGAGCGUGAUGUGAGGAGGUUCCAGCUGAAGAUAGCGGAGCUGCACUCGGUCAUCAGGAAGCUGGAGGACAGGAACACACUGCUGGCUGAUGAGAGGAAUGAGCUGUUGAAACGGGUGCGAGAGGCGGAGAGUCAGAUGAAGCCCAUGUUUGAGAAGAAUAAGCGGCUUUCCAAGAAGAAUGACGACCUCCUGCAGACACUGCAGCGCAUGGAGGAGAAACUUAAGAACCUCAGCAGAGAGAAUGCUGAGAUGAAGGAGAAGGCCUCCUCCUCUCGGCCCCAGUCGCAGCAGUCCCAUCAGCCCCAGCUGAAGCGGCCAAGCUCUCUGACAGACCUGAGCCACGCUCAUGAGGAACAGGAAGUGGAGUUCCUCAAGCUGCAGGUUGCUGAGCAACGCGGCAUCAUCGAUGAGCUCACGCAGGAACGUGAUCGAUUGGUGAUCAGCAAAAAGAACAGGAGGAAACCUCUCAAACUGUCUAAAAGGCAUGUUGUGGAGACAUAUUUUGGAUUUGAUGAAGAGUCCAUAGACUCUGAGACCUCGUCCCUGACCUCCUACAACACAGACCUGACUGACCGCACCCCUGCCACUCCAGAGGAGGACUUAGAAGAAGGCGUGACCCGUGAGGAGUCAGAGCUGCGUUUCCGUCAGCUGACAAGAGAGUACCAGGCUCUCCAGCGGGCCUAUGCACUCCUGCAGGAGCAGACCGGAGGCUCUCUGGAUGCUGAGAGGGAGGCCAGGACACGUGAGCAGCUGCAGGCCGAGCUGAGCAGCUGCCAGGCAAAGAUCAUCGACCUGGAGAAGGCCCUGGCCGAGAGGGGGCAGGACUCCAAAUGGGUGGAGGAGAAGCAGUACUUGCUCAGGACCAACCAGGAACUUCACGAGAAGAUGUGUGCAUUGCAACAGGCUGAGUCACGGCUCCAGGCGGAGGUUCAGGACGCACGGGACCAGAACGAACUCCUGGAGUUCAGGGUGCUGGAGCUAGAAGAGAGGGAGCGCAGAUCUCCUGCCCUCAGUCUCCAUAUGUCUGCCUUCCCUGAGAACAGCAGCAGCGCCCUGCAGAUCUACUGCCACCAGGAGGGAGUCAAGGAUGUAAUUAUUCCUGAGCUGAUGAAGAAACUAGAUAUCCUGGGAGAUAACGGGAAUCUGCGUAAUGAAGAGCAGGUGGCGGUGAUCCAGGCGGGAACGGUGCUCUCUCUGUGUGAAAAGUGGUUGAAGCAGAUAGACAGCACAGAGGCUGCCCUCACCCAGAAGAUGAUCGACCUGGAAAACGACAAGGAGCUGUUCAGUAAGCAGAAGGGCUUCCUGGAGGAGGAGCUGGACUACAGGAAGCAGGCCUUGGACCAGGCCUAUAUGAGGAUCGAGGAGCUGGAGGCCACGCUGUAUAGCGCUCUGCAGCAGGAGCAGCCGGCAGGCCGGGCGGUGGCCGAGUCGCUGACAGACAGGCAGAGGGAGGAGCUGAGGCUAGCCGUGGACAAGCUGCGGCGUCAGAUUCUCCGGCAGAGCCGGCAGUAUGACAGUCAGAUCUUACAGGAGCGCAUGGAGCUCCUACAGCAGGCCCACCAGAGAAUUAGAGAGUUGGAGGACAGGAUUGACGUGCAAAAGAGACAAAUAAAGGAAAUAGAGGAAAAGUUUUUGUUCCUCUUUUUGUUUUUCUCUUUAGCAUUUAUUCUUUGGCCUUAAUGAAAGCGACAUGGACCGACAUCAGGUGCUAAGGCGCUCAGGAGGCAAGUGAGGACGAAACACAACCUAUUUGUUUUUUAUGCAUUUAUAGAC